AUGCCGGCUGAAAGGCGCUCUCUGAGAUCGAACAGCAAGUCAGAUACCUCUUCAUCUGCUAACGGUGAGAAGGGACGCUCCACUUCGCAGAGCUCUAGUUCCAACAAAGAUAAGCCGGCGCCUACCCGCGCUGCUGCCAACAAGGCCAAAGCUGCCUCUACCACGAAAGGCGCCUCGUCGAAUAAUACUGCCAACUCCGGAAUGGGUGAGCAGCGUGAUCAGCCGCGUGCCAACGGGUCCGACCCGACGGAGAAUGGCGUGAAUGGCUCGGAAGAUGUUGAGAUGGGAGAGGAUACGGCAGUGCCCCCUACCAAGGGUUCCAGGUUAUCCGGCGAGAAAGGAACGGACAAAGAAGGCGACGUCGCCAUGGAGGGUGCUGAGGGCGAGGAUGCCGAGCCCGAGGUUGAUCCUAAGACCAAGGCCAUCCAAGACAUCAAGACCAACUUUACCCUCCUCGAACGAGCCGUUACCCACUUCGACCCCAGAUUCACCCUCCGCGUCCUGCGCUCGAUAUCGUCCAUGCGCAAACACAUCACGGGUGAUGUGCUAGCAGAAGUUAUCGAGGAGACUUACUCAUCGUCAAGUGUUACCGCUUCAUUCUUGUUGAAUGCUCUUGACCAAGCAGGUGCCCUGGGCGGUGCUCGGUCCAGCGCGAAGAUGGAGAUUGAGUCGGAGAAGACCAAGUCUGCUCCCAAGGAGACCCUGCCCGAGGUUGAUAUUUAUAUGUCUAUCCUCGUCCAGAUCUUCUUGUAUGACAAGAAGGAGAUUCAGCUGGGUGCCAAGUUCUCGACGAACCUGAUUGAGCGUCUGCGGACGCUUAACCGCCGUACCCUUGACUCUCUGGCAGCUCGUGUCUACUUCUACUACUCUCUCUUCUAUGAGCAGAUCGCUCCCCUUCCCCCAUCGCCUGCUGCCACCGUGACUAAGAUCCGCCAGCCCUUGCUCGCAGCCCUGCGGACGGCAGUGCUUCGCAAGGAUGUAGACACCCAAGCUACCGUGAUGACGCUACUGCUGCGCAACUACCUAUCUACGUCUCACAUCUCGCAGGCAGACCUUCUCAUUUCGCACAACAAAUUCCCCCCCUCGGCGUCCAACAACCAGAUCGCCCGGUACCUCUACUACCUGGGUCGCAUCCGGGCCAUUCAGUUGCAGUACACCGAUGCCCAUGGGCACUUGAUCGGUGCCACUCGCAAGUCGCCUUCCAGUCACAGUGCGCGCGGUUUCUACCAGGCUUCUCAUAAACUGCUCGUCGUGGUGGAGCUCCUCAUGGGUGACAUUCCCGACCGGGCCAUUUUCCGACAGCCCGCUCUGGAGCGCGCCAUGCACCCCUACUUCCUCCUUGUUCAAGCUGUCAGUGUGGGUGACCUGGAUGGGUUCCUCAACAUCGUCAACACCCACAGUGCGACGUUCCGCAAGGACGGUACGUACACUCUUAUCCUGCGUCUGCGCCAGAACGUUAUCAAGACCGGCAUUCGCAUGAUGUCUCUCUCCUACUCUCGCAUUUCGCUCCGGGAUAUUUGCCUGCGUCUCGGACUGGACAGCGAGGAGUCUGCCGAGUACAUUGUGGCCAAGGCUAUCCGCGACGGUGUGAUCGAGGCCAGCUUGGACCACGAGCACGGAUUCAUGAAGAGCAAGGAAGUGGGAGACAUCUAUGCGACCAGGGAACCCGGAGAGGUGUUCCAUGAGCGCAUCAGAGCUUGCUUGAGUCUCCACGACGAAAGCGUCAAGGCCAUGCGGUUCCCCAUGAACCAACACCGCCUGGAACUAAAGAGUGCGCAGGAGGCACGGGAGCGUGAGCGGGAGUUGGCCAAGGAGAUCCAGGAAGGAGACAUGGAUGACGAGGAUGCCGGCGGCGAUUUCGAUGCAAUCUAG